CAGCUCCUUUGCUUCAGAGCACCGAUAAGAAUCCGUAUUGAGGUAGUCAAGUUCCGGGAGGUUUACCGAUUGGGGAAAAAAAGGAUGUCGACGACGAAAUCGAGCCGGAAAUUCCCGUCGAUAACGGAAUGUGGAGGUUCCAGAUACGAGUCGAUUGCCGCCGAUCUAGACGGUACUCUGCUCUUGUCCAGGAGCUCAGUCCCGUACUUCAUGCUCGUAGCGAUGGAAGCCGGUAGCCUCUUUCGCGGCCUUGUCCUCCUUCUCUCUCUGCCAUUGGUUAUUGUUUCUUAUCUCUUCAUUUCUGAAGCGAUCGGAAUCCAAAUCCUCAUUUUCAUCUCCUUCGCCGGUCUCAAAAUCCGUGACAUCGAGCUGGCCGCACGCGCUGUUCUUCCGAGGUUUUAUGCUGCGGAUGUAAGGAAGGAAAGCUUCGAGGUGUUCGACAGGUGCAAGAGGAAGGUGGUGGUGACGGCGAAUCCGACGCUGAUGGUGGAGCCGUUUGUGAAGGAUUUUCUCGGCGGAGAUAAGGUUUUGGGCACGGAGAUUGAAGUAAAUCCCAAGACGAAGAGGGCCACCGGUUUUGUAAAGAAGCCUGGCGUUUUAGUGGGAAAAUGGAAGAGAUUAUCCAUUUUGAAGGAGUUUGGAGACGAAUCACCUGAUCUUGGUAUCGGAGAUCGCGAAUCCGAUCACGAUUUCAUGUCAGUUUGCAAGGAAGGUUAUAUGGUACUCCCCAGCAAGUCAGCAGCUCGUGUGUCGCCUAAUCUCCUAAAGAACCGCAUCAUCUUCCACGACGGUCGUCUGGUGCAGCGGCCGACCCCACUCAAUGCACUGAUGACCUACAUCUGGCUGCCAUUUGGCUUCAUCUUGUCCAUCAUUCGUGUGUACUUCAAUCUCCCCUUGCCCGAGCGUAUCGUGCGUUACACAUAUGAAAUGCUCGGUAUCCACCUCGUGAUCCGCGGCCACCGCCCUCCCCCACCGUCUCCCGGCACACCUGGCAAUCUCUACGUCUGCAAUCACCGUACAGCCCUUGAUCCGAUCGUGAUCGCCAUCGCGCUCGGACGGAAAGUAUCUUGUGUCACAUACAGCGUUAGCCGUCUCUCGAGAUUCUUAUCUCCAAUCCCAGCCAUUGCUUUGACUCGUGAUCGUGUAGCUGAUGCUGCCCGUAUAUCAGAACUGCUACAGAAAGGUGAUCUGGUUGUGUGUCCGGAGGGAACUACUUGUCGCGAGGAGUUCCUGCUGCGAUUCAGUGCUCUGUUCGCGGAAAUGAGCGAUAGGAUUGUUCCCGUGGCGGUUAAUUGCAAGCAGAACAUGUUUUAUGGCACGACCGUACGUGGGGUCAAGUUCUGGGAUCCCUAUUUCUUCUUCAUGAAUCCUAGGCCAACAUACGAGGUCACUUUCCUCAAUCGUCUGCCGGAAGAUAUGACAUGUAAGGCAGGAGGAAAAUCGGCAAUCGAAGUGGCCAAUUACGUGCAGAAGAUGUUGGGUGACGUGUUGGGGUUCGAGUGCACUGGAUUGACAAGGAAAGAUAAGUACCUGUUGCUAGGAGGAAACGAUGGCAAGGUGGAAUCAAUGUACAAUGGCAAGAAAUGAAGGUGGCAUGGCAUGGAUGCGGCACUUGGUUUGGUUUCUUUCGUGUGAUUAAAGUCAUUUUAGAAGAGAAGUUAGUCAUGUAAACGACAAAAAGGUUCAAAAUGUCUAGAUAAUUUGUCAAAGAUGCUGGUUCUUCGGGUUUUAUUCUUUGACAGACUUACUGAUUAUUACUGUACUGAAUUAUUGAUCUAUUGUGAAACAAACUACCUUAUUUAUAAAUAGAGCUAAAUCUC